AUCCUCAGAUUUUUGGUUCGGGGCAGAUCGGAAUCGAGUCGAUUCGGUCGUCAUAGAAGCAAUUCACGUUAUCAAUAAGGGAAUCAUCUGAGCUGGGGUGAACCGGGGAUCAAGCAUCAUGAGUUCUUCCGUGAUCGAGAAGGAAUUGACCUGCUCUGUGAUUAGCCCCUCCCCUCUCCCUAGGCCAUUACUUACGAGUUGAGCAGAUCUGUACAGACAUCCUCUUCGACCCUGUAAUCUUCCUCGACUGCCUCCAUGCGAACUGCGGGUCGUGCGCGAAAUCGUGGUUCGCUUCGCUAAGCAAUUCCGAUUCAAAGCCCACCUGCCCCGCAUGUCGGGCGGUAGUGAAGGAAACGAAAGGGGGCGUCCUGCUGCAAAACCUAGUUGAUGACUUUGUCAAGAAUGAUCCAUCAAAGGAUCGGACACCGGAGGAGAAGAGGAAACUGCGGUCCCAGUACAAACCAGGCGAUAAAGUACUGCCGUCAGCCGGAGGGUCGAGGAGUGCACCGCCAGCGGGAGCGCCAACGGCACCGAGGCUAAUGCGAAAUAAUUUUUCACCUUAUCAGACGCCACCGCCGAUUAGACAGCCGGGGAACGUGUUUCACGCGCCUCUCGUCAGGCUGCCAACGUCGCCGAACAAUGGUUCAUUCCCGUCGUUCAUUUCCCCCAUCGCCUCGUCACAUGAUUCCCCCCUGGCAGACAGCUUUGAGCAGCUGUCUGUCACUAGGGAACCGGAAUGCCAUUGCUGCUCUAAAUCUCUGAAAUUCGCCGUGCGUGGGAUAUGUGCGACCUGUGAGGAAACCUUUUGCACACACUGUUACCGUGUCAACGAAGGUUGUGGCUCCUCCUCACCCCCAUCUUCAUCUUCAUCCUCGUCCUCUCUACCGCACGUUGCAAUCUUCCAAAAGCAACGCCCGCACCCACAAUCCACGAUUAGCGUUGGCCUCUUCUGCGUCACCUGCGAGAGCUACUGCGGGGAGCCCAACAGCGGUGAAUUCUGGCUCUGUAGUUCCUGUCACUCCAGCGGCGUCGAUGAGCUCUGGGGCUACUGCAGUACGUGUGUGGGGAUGGGUAACUGUUGCACCCACGAUCUGGAACUCUACACGAAACCCUUUCGUCACCCAAUGCCCACGUCGCCACAAUCCGUAGCUGUGGAGAUCCUCCACCAGAUUCAACAGCACAAACGCCUUGUAUCCCAGGGAAACUCCCCCAACACCCCGCAAGCUCGCAUCCUGGCGCUCGGGUAUAUGAGGCAAAUGAACCACUUUGUAAACUGCGACUUUUGCCAUCGGCGACUCCCCCCGGACUCUGCUUUUCUCCACUGCUUCGUGUGCCUGAACGGAGACAUGGACAUUUGCAUGCAGUGUUACGACCAGACUCGCUCGGGCGCAGACCCGGACUCUGCCACAUUCAAAUGCCCCCAAGGCCACGAUUUUUCCCUCUUGACGCAGUCCGGGUGCCCCGGGUCACGAAAGGUCAUACUGUCUCCCCCACACGACCCGCCAGAGAUGAUCCCCCGCAGUCAGAAUACAGAUCCGGGGACCGCCGUUGCACUGAAAGGGCACUGGCCGGACGAGGAGAAUUCCUCGCUCGGGAGUGCGAGCAUGGGCGAUCGGCCUGGUGUUCGCAUGUGGGAAUAUGGAGACCAACUGUCAUUUCCCGAGGGCGCAGUGAUCAGCGAUGUAGCGCUCGCGUUUACUGAAGGGGCUGAUUUGGACCGGAUUACGUACUAUUGGGGGUGGUAUGGUGGCGUUGGGGGUUUGUUUGAGGGUGAGUUUGUUAGAAUUGUGGAUUAGUGCUUUGAGUGCUGGCGUGUGGGAGGAUGGAUGGAUGGAUGGAUGAAUUUUUCCGAUUUCCUUUUGAUUAGCUCAUGACUUUCUUGCUUGUUCACUUAUUUGUUCGUGUUCUCUAAAUAUCCUCCGGUUGGUUGGUAUGGCCUUUCCCUCCUCCACCUUGGGUAUUUAGAAUAUAUGCGGUGUGAAAGGGAUCGGGUGUGAUGUGAUAUGAAGGAUACGUUGCCCAUAGGGUGGUUAUUGUGUGAGAUUAAUUUGCAAAUUGAAAUCGCCCGGGUUCAAUU